AUAGACUAAAACAUGGGAGCUAUGCAAGAACAGAACCAUUUCCAUGUUUACACCAGGAAUGUCUGUGUACAUUUAAAUCACUCAAUGCACUAAGAGUACACUUGUCCCGCCUUCACACCAAACCUUCAGAACAGCAACCAACUGUAGAUGUACCAGUAAAGUUUUGUUGUCUGUCAUGUGGGUUUGCUGAGUCUUGUACUGAAACUGACUACUUUAGUCACCUGCAUAAUGCACACUUAAAAGUCAACCAUAAAGUCAGUUGCCCUUAUAAAGACUGUGACUUUGAAAGCAGUGUCUACUCCACGUUCAAAGCACACAAGAGUAAAGCACACAAGGACCACAGCUGGAAGAGCUUCAAGUCAGAAAUCAUUGGUUGUGAUUAUGAAGGUCAUGAUCAGGAUGGUGCACAAGAGCAAAUAUCACAUGCUGAUGACAUGGCAGAGUUGGAAGGAGUUGGUGAAGAAGCUAGUGAUAAUGAUAUUAAUGAUUUAAGAAAGCAGCUAGAGCACAACUUAGCAUCUCUUCUGUUAAAGAUGCAAACAGUUAUGCACAUACCAGAGAGUUCUGUGCAAGCAAUAUUACAGCAGCUUUGUCAAAUCAAUAAGCUGUCAGAGCCACUUCUGCACAACAAAGUGAGAGCUACACUAAAUAAAUACUUUGAUAAUGUGGAUGAUACAGUUGUGAGUGAAAUUACCAGUGCUGUGUCAGAGUGUAACAUGAUGUCAUUUUGUGCCAAAGAUGGACCCUUAGGAACUGCUAAACAGAGAGCAGCCUAUGUACGCAAAGAGUUCCCACUGGUAAACCCCAUUGAAUAUGUUGUGGAAAAAGGCAAAAAACCGCUUGCAUAUGUCCCGAUUGUUCCAAUGCUUCAGAAGCUGCUUAACAAAACUGACGUGUUAGACAAAGCUAUGUCAGAAAAAGUCCAUGUACUGCAGGAAUACACGUCUUAUGCAGAUGGGCAGUACUUCAAUGAAAAUUCUCUUCUUGCAAGCGAUGAGUUCACAAUUGCUCUUGGCCUUUACAUUGACGACUUUGAAGUAGCCAAUCCUCUAGGAACGUCAAGACUGAAACAUAAAAUGUGUGCAGUAUAUUGGGUCAUUGCAAACAUACCUGCAAAAUACAGGUCCACCCUCAACUCAAUCCAGCUUGCUCUACUAUGCAAUACAUCUACAGUUAAAGAGUGUGGUUAUGCAAAAGUUCUGCAACCUCUCAUCUAUGAUCUAAAGAUAUUGGAGCAAAAUGGUGUUUACAUAGAGUCACUAGGUGCAAGUGUGAAGGGCACAGUCUUAUAUGUUGCCGCUGAUAAUCUUGGUGCUCACUCUCUUGCAGGAUUCCUGGAGAGCUUCAAGGUGGACAAGUUCUGCAGAUUCUGUCUAGUGAGCAGCAGAGACGCACAACGGCAAGAGAUGGCUCUUCAAGAGAAAUUCAUCAUGAGGGUUAUUGUCUCAGAGGGAGACAUCAGAAAAUUGACAAUGACAACACGACCGGACACACUUGAAGACUUGAUUGGCUGGCUUAAAGGCACUCUCCAAGCAAAUUACAACUUCGUCCUACAGUACCAAGACCCUGACUUCAACAAUGAACUGUGUAACCUUGAAGAUGUCUCAGAGCUCCCAGAUAAGCCAACGAUUAAAAUCAUCCCUAUGAUUGAAUUGGUACCAGUCAUUCAACCAGUUGAACAAUCUUCAUUGUGUAGUGACACAAGCAGCCUGGCCGACACUGAGAUCCUGUCUAACUCCUCUCUGGAUAGAAGUGUGCCAUGGCCAGAGGUGUUUGAAAUUCCUAAAUUUUCAGUUGAUGUUGAGUACCGACUCCGUCAAGGUAACUUGUUAUAUCUCAGGGAUGGAACCUAUCUGAAAGUGACAAAAGAGUUAAAGCAUGAUAUCCUUGAGAAAUUGGCUGAGGUCAUCUAUGCAUUUGAUGCAUACCCAAAAAAGGAAGAUUUAGCAGCUGUUGCACAAGCUUUAGUAGAAACGCACCCAUGUCUUAAAGAAGCGGGGUCCCCCUCUGGCUGUGUUGGAUGGAAGAACAGUUUGAAAUUCAAGGUUGGAAAUUACAGAGCCAAAAUGUGCAAGCUGGGCCGACUUGACGUCACUGUCAACAGUGGUAAACGUGGAAGAUACUCAACAAAUGGCGACCCUCCAAACAAGGACAUCAAGAAGCCAAGGAAAGGAGAAAUAAAUUUCCUGCCUCAGUAUCCAGAGGGGUUGGAUGACCACAACCUGGAAGCAGCUCGCCAGGUUUUAGUCAAUGAGAUGAUGAAGGCAAAGCCAAAUGGGUCCCUUAUUAAGAAAGAGAUGGAUAAGACCUUUGCUCUGCGGAGAAAAGAAGUUGUGACAGACAAGCCUGCAAUUACCCAGGUUGUACAGCGAUGGCCAGCACUUUUCUCCGAAAGCCAGGUGUGUUACGAGUUCACCAGAGUGGUGGGGAAAAAUCUCAAAGAAAACUUCUUUGAGGCACUUGACCGUUUCUCGCCAAACUUGAUGGACCUGUUCAGGAAGAAGAGGGGCCUCAGUGGACAGCUUUUAACUGACCUUUUACGUCAGACAAAGACCACUGAGCCAACAGACAUCAGGUGCCUUUGUCUUCGGGGACUGCCAGUCGUUUUGGGGGAUGACCCCUCUGCGUUCUUCAAAACCUGCUUGGAUGCAACUGACAAGGACGUGUACAGUGAAACUCCAGUGGGAAUCCUCUGCAUUGACGAACAUCCUCAACUCAACCCAUCCAAAGUGAGCAUCGUCUUGGAAGGGAGUGUGGUAAUGGAGGAGCUGGCCAACCUGCCACAGGCUUUCUGUGUCCUUUUUGGACUGAUUUAUGCCUUGCACUUGGAUUACCCCAAGUGCAUGAAAAGCACAUUCCACUUUAUUCAACAGGUCAUGCUAAACCUGGGCAGAGGUGAGCUGAAACCCAAAAUUCAAUCUUUGAAGAAUCAACUAUCUGUUUAAAACAGGGGUUUGAAUACUUAUACCACUGCUCUGGAUCUGAUUGCUUGGUUGUUUGUAAUGUUGCACUUUAAAAAUACUGUUUACUGUGGGCACUGUUUGAUAUGCAAGUUUUCUUAUGCAUUGCCACUGAUUUUGCUGUUUGAUAUCAUCCUGAUUGGUGUAUGAUUUAUGUUAUCAGCACUGAUCUAGCAGUUUAGUUCCAUUCCUAUUUCUAGCUACAGUAUGUUUUAUGGCAUUGCCACUGAUUUUGUAGUUUAAUUCCAUGCUGAUGGGUGUAUGAUUCGUGUUAUUAACACUGAUCUAGUUUCAUUCCUAUUGCAUUGGCAUUGGUUGUGUAGUUUUAAUGCCAUCCUGUUUCAAAAGAGUGCAUGAAAAGCACCUUCCACUUUAUUCAGCAGGUCAGGUUCAAUAUUUGAAGAAUCAACUAUCUGUAAAACGGGUUUGAAUACUUAUACCACUGCUCUGGUUCUGAGUGCUUGGUUAUUUGUGAUAUUGCACUUUAAAAUACCAUGUUUACUGUGGGCACUGUUUGAUAUGCAUGUUUUUGUAUGCAUUGAUACUGAUGUUGCUCCUGAUUCACAGGAGUCCUAUUUGAUUUUCAUCGCAAACCCAUUUUAUUUGAUAACAUGAUAAAGACAAGUUUAAUAAAACAUGUAGACAAGAA